CGUACUUUUUUUAAGAAUCACAUGUCAUGGGAAGAACCAGCAGGUGAGAAGCUCAGUUAUUCUCCUGGUCAGAAAGCUUUUCACAUGGAGCCAGCUCAGAGGCCAUUCUUCACCACUGAGAUGGUGACAUGGACCCUCCCCUCCAUCUCUGUAGAGGAUAUCCUCAGUGAGACCUUUUCACAGCCCAGAAGGGUUGCAAAGCACUCACACAUCAGUUUGGAUGACCUAUGGCUGGAGAAGACACAGAGAAAGAAGCUGGAGAAGCAGAUACAGGCUAGAAGGAAGACACGCACAGGAAUAGCGCACCCAGACAAAGUCCAGUGUUGGAGGGAGACAAUUAUCACCUCUCCAGAGUCUCUGCAUCUCCCUAGAAGAAGCCAUCUGCUCUCCCAGAGUGCCCCGAUGGGACUGAACCACCUGGGUUGGCCAGAGCAUAUACCUGACACCGCCAUGCCGGAUGGAGUUCUGGACACGACUGUCCGCGCUGAGGAGGCGGGGAGUGAGGAGGACCUGUAUGAAGACCUGCACAGCUCUGGCCACCACUACAGCCACCCUGGAGGGGGCGGCGAGCAGCUGGCCAUCAACGAGCUCAUCAGUGAUGGCAGUGUGGUCUGUGCUGAAGCACUCUGGGACCAUGUCACCAUGGACGACCAGGAACUGGGCUUCAAAGCUGGGGACGUCAUCGAAGUGAUGGAUGCCACCAACAGAGAGUGGUGGUGGGGCCGCGUUGCCGACGGCGAGGGGUGGUUUCCAGCCAGCUUUGUGCGGCUACGGGUGAACCAGGAUGAGCCCACAGAUGAGGAGGCCCCACAGACUGGCGACGGCAAGGCUGAAGAUGGUGGGACAGAGGCACAGAGCAGCAAAGACCAGAUGCGGACAAACGUCAUCAACGAGAUUCUCAGCACCGAGCGGGACUACAUCAAGCACUUGCGUGACAUCUGUGAGGGCUACAUCAGGCAGUGCCGCAAGCGUGCAGACAUGUUCAGUGAGGAGCAGCUGCGCACCAUCUUUGGGAACAUCGAGGACAUCUACCGCUGCCAGAAGGCAUUUGUGAAGGCCCUAGAGCAGAAAUUCAAUAGGGAGCGCCCACACCUAAGCGAGCUGGGCGCCUGCUUCUUGGAGCACCAAGCAGACUUCCAGAUCUACUCCGAGUACUGCAACAACCACCCCAACGCCUGCGUGGAGCUGUCCCGGCUCACCAAACUCAGCAAAUAUGUGUACUUCUUUGAGGCCUGCCGGCUGCUACAAAAGAUGAUCGACAUCUCCCUGGAUGGCUUCUUGCUGACUCCAGUGCAGAAGAUCUGCAAGUAUCCACUGCAGCUGGCUGAGCUGCUCAAGUACACCCACCCUCAGCACAGGGACUUCAAGGAUGUGGAAGCUGCUCUGCAUGCCAUGAGGAAUGUGGCCCAGCUCAUCAACGAGCGGAAACGGAGACUUGAAAACAUCGACAAGAUUGCUCAGUGGCAGAGCUCCAUAGAGGACUGGGAGGGGGAAGAUCUUUUGGUCCGAAGCUCAGAACUCAUCUACUCGGGGGAGCUGACUCGUGUUACACAGCCCCAAGCCAAGAGCCAGCAGAGAAUGUUUUUUCUCUUCGACCACCAGCUCAUCUACUGUAAGAAGGACCUGCUUCGCCGGGACGUGCUAUACUACAAGGGCCGGCUGGACAUGGAUGGCCUGGAGGUGGUGGACCUGGAGGAUGGGAAAGACAGAGACCUCCACGUGAGCAUCAAGAACGCCUUCCGGCUGCACUGCAAUGCCUCAGGGGUCAGCCACCUACUAUGUGCCAGGAAGCCUGAGCAGAAGCAGCGCUGGCUCAAGGCCUUUGCCAGGGAGAGGGAGCAGGUGCGGCUGGACCAGGAGACAGGCUUCUCCAUCACUGAACUACAGAGAAAGCAGGCCAUGCUGAAUGCCAGCAAGCAGCAAGCCACAGGGAAGCCCAAAGGCGUAGGCCGGCCCUGUUAUCUGACACGCCAGAAGCACCCAUUACUGCCUGCCAGUCGGCCCCAACAGCAGGUCUUGGUGCUGGCAGAGCCCAGGCGGAAGCCGUCCACCUUCUGGCACAGCAUUAGCCGGCUGGCACCCUUCCGCAAGUGAGCCAGUACCCACCUGACAGCACUUUGUGGACCUGCCCAUCCUCAGCCCCCAGCUUUUCCUCCUUGAGGACCACUCCAUCUGGCCAUCCUUCUCUGCCUAUCUUGCAAACUGGAAGUGUGCAGGUGUUGGUGCCCCCAGGGCACACCAGGUUUGUGCUCCCAUGCUUGGUUUCUUCCCUGCUGCUGGUGAAUGAAGUGACCAGCUGGGAGAGGCAGGGCCCUGGCACAUACAAGCCCCUCCUGCAGCCUGACCUCUGACCCUCUCCCCUUCUGUCCACACUAUGGACCUGUGUGAGGCCUUCACUAACCAGGAGCCGGGAAGCCACCGCUCAGAACCACUUACCAGGCCGGGGUGCAGAAGGCACUAGCUGCUUUGGACCCGCUUCUUUGGAAAUCUAAUCAUCCCCACUCCUGUUUCCUCCAGGCAGGAGAGACCUACUCUAUGGCCAGUGGCCACCUACAAAGCUGGGCUGUGUCCCUUCAGGCCACUUGCAACCUUGGAGUACAGGAACCAGAAAUUCUCUACCCAAAUAUCUGGCCCAGACCUGCCCUUUUACCUCCCAGCCCCUCUAGACAUUGUUGGUCACCCUCUUCACUCGUGAUGUUGUGUAGUGGGAAGAACAAAAACAUAUAGUCAGCCACAUACUUUGGUCGGGGUUUUGUGACCAUUCCAUCUGUAGCUGUGGGGUUGCUGCAGAACCACCUGGUUCCUGUUUUUGUUGGGGUUUUGUCCUCUUGUUUUUCUAACAAUGAAGAAAAACAGUUAAUCGUUGUGACACAGAAAGAUUGCCUUACCCUAGUGAGCGUGAGAAGCCAUAAGGACUGAAUUCUGGGGCCAACAGCAUCCAGACUGACCCGACCACUCCAGGCAAUGGACAUGUGGCGAGGGCACCCACAUCCUGCCCAAGGGCGCCAGGAGCACAGCCAGGCCUGGCAUGUCAGUGUGGAACCCUACAGGAUUCAGCAGCAUGGACAGUCACUCUUGCACUAUACCUUCUCCAAGCCAGAAGCCACAUUUAAUUUCAUAAAGAAACUUGUGAAAAGUAAUCUGGCUCCA